UGUUUUUAUCCUCUUAAUAUUUCGUAGGUAUCACGAAAAUAAGAUGGUCAACUAUGAUGCUCAAGGUGGAUUCGUUGUUACUUCAGUUGCAGAAAAUGAACUUCGCAGUGAAGAAAAUGGACAAAGUUUUCAACCCAGAGCAAGUGGUGAAAAAAGUAAAUCCUUUCGCAAAUCAGCGAGUGGAUCAAUAGAAAGUAAUGCUAGUACCGCUAAAGGAACUAAUGAUGAGGGCAUUGCGAUUGUCACUACACCCGUGACUCCGCUUUCAACAUUUCAAGGUCAACAAUAUAAAUCCCCAUAUAUUCCCAAUUCAUCAAUGAGUGUGCUCACGAUAAAAACUGUAACAUUUCAUCAUGCUGGUAACUACACAUGUGCACCAUCAAAUGCUCGACCGGCAAGCAUUACAGUUCAUGUUUUGAGAGGAGAGAAACCAGCUGCUAUGCAACAUGCAAACCGAAGUAUUCUUGAUGGGGAAAAUUCGAACACCACUGUCAGUUUAACCAUUUUAAAAGGGAUUAAUGGUACAAAUAGUCUCCUGAUUACUGUGCCAUCAAUAUUUUUACCUGUACUAUGUCUGUUAGCAAACUUCCCUUCCACGUUCCACUUACAAAAACAUGCUCCAAUGAUAUUUUUCUUAUUCAUGUUAUGUAAUUUUAAUAGCUGAAACUGUUUAUAAUUAGAAAUUUCUUUCAAUUAAUCAUAGCAAUUGUAUUUAUAAGAGUUGUAUAUACAUAAAUUCAAGCUUGCACGAUAAUAAUA